AUGUCGUUGUCGAGCGGCACGCUGAACCUCAAGUUCAUGCAGCGCGCGAAGGCGCGUCAGCAGGCCACGCCAUCGACUCCCGGAUCUGCUGCCUCGACUCCUGCCCCGACUACGCCCUCUGCGCCAUCAGCACCGACACCAGCACAGGCUGCCGAGGCUGCCGCCGAGGCCGAGAAGUGGACUCUCCCGUCACGAUUCAAGGGAACACGACCCAAUGCUGCCGCUGGACCGUCAAGACCAAAGGUUAGCUUCGUGGGCAGCUACCUACCGUUCGUGGAGGAGGCCGAGGUUUCGGGUGGACGGAGAACGUUCGGCGCCGUCAAGACCAAGGCCGCUGAUGAAGACGACGAGGAGGAAGACGACGAGGAGGAUCUGGCGGAAGCAGGCGUGCAUGGCAAGGCGGACGAGAGCAUGGACGAGGACGAGAAACCCGAGGACCGCACGUUCCGACGACCAGCUGGAUUCGGCACGAAGGACAAGGGCGCGAAGGAGAAGGAGAAGGACGACGUGGUGCGGGGCCUGAAGCGCGUGAGCCUGAAGCGCGAGUCGUCACCAGCAUCAUCAGACGACGAGUCCGUCCCCAAGAAGCGAGUCAAGACGGAGCCCCAGCUGGUGAAGAAGGACAAGAAGAAGGCCCACACGCCGUCCGCCUCGAAGCAUGCUACGCCUUCGACUUCGAAGCACGCAACCCCGUCAGCUUCCAAGCAUACAACACCUGCUGGCUCGAAGCAUGCCACGCCCGCGACGUCGAAGGAGUCCACGCCCGCUCCUGGGGAGAGGAAGAAGAAGAAGGCUGCCAAGACUGAUGCUGGCGACAUUCCCCCGCCACCCAAGGCGAAGGGCAAGACCAAGGAGGAGCCUAAGAAUGCGCUCGACGAGCGGGAACGCGCACUCAAGGCGGCGAAGAAGGCUGCGAAGAAGAAGGCCAAGGCGUUGAAUAGACUCUGUUGUACCACUAUCAUGCAUUAUUGUGACUUCUGGGCAUGGUCGUUUCGUUCUGAUUAA